GUGGGGAGGUACUAAGACUACUACACCUACCGGGUGUAACUGAGAUUGCGCAACAGUGUUGCGGGAUUGCAUACCCGCCAGGGCUGCAGGGGCCAUGGCGCCUUACGGGCUAACUGGGUAGGCAAACCCGCAACACUGUUGCGCAUUCUCAGUUACACCCGGUACAUAAUUUUGUUCCAUUUAGGUUGAUGAGAAGUUGGGGAUAAGCUGGGAAAAGGUUGAGUAGUAGUUAGGGAAAAGUUGAGAAAAAGUUAAGGAGUUGGGGAAAGAAUGGGAACAUGAUACGGCUCCAGUGCGAACCACCCAGUUUGAAUGUUGCCGAGCGUUGUCGUUACGUCGACGUCGUUUUAUCGUUUUUUAUUUCUUACUGUCACCCCCUCCCCCACCCCCCGUUCCCUUCAAACUGAAAGGUUAGGUGGUAAUAAAAUGAUAGCACUAGAAAAAGAGUGACUAGGAAACGCAGUUAGAGGACGAGAGACCGGAAAGUAAAAAAGAGUGAACAGUGCGGCACUUCAAGCUGUCAAUCCUUCGCUCCCUCUCCUCCUGCCCCUUCCUUACUAUUUCGUCCCAAGUUUGUGGAACCGUAGGCGCCGAUAUUGAUCUCGGCGUGGUCUUUGCACAACACGGGCGGCCCUUUCAGUUCGCCGACGUUAAGCUCAAAUAGACGGGCCGCAGCCACGACGACCGCUGGACUGCACGCAGUGGCGACAUGGAGAGUUUCGAGAGGACGAACGACUGGUGGGUACUAGGUUGUUAUUCCCCCUUUUCACUGCCUUGGCGUCUCUAUCUACCGUCUUAAUUCACUGCAUAAUGCAAUCGAAACCCGAAACUCAACCCUUGCACAGGCUCUGGCCGACAAGCAGGCUGUUCGGACUGCUGCCCAUGUCCCUGCAGAGGUGCCAGUGCGCGGUGCAGCGCCGCCGCCUGCGCCCGCUCGAGCGGCUCUCCGUGCCGGGCGGGCCGCGGUGGGCGCGGUGCUGGUGCCCGCCGCUGGCGCCCUCCCUCGGCUGGCUGCUCUACUCGCUGUCGCUCAUGACCCUGGUGGUGGGCUGGACCGCCUACAAGCUCGUGCACAAGUACGCGGACAUGUCGCUGCUCGACGAGGCCCUGGCCGCCAACGUCACGUCCACGAGCGGCCAGGAGACCACCCGCCUCGUAGGGUUGUUCGACAUGACGACCAUCAGCGUGAUCGCGGCCGUGUGCGUGCUGCAGGCCGCCACGACCCAACACCUAGUGCUGCGCCUCAAUGCCCAGCUCAGGAGGGUGGACAGCCUGCUGGCGCCGAGGGCCUACGCGGUGCCCCGCUGGCUGCUCGUGUUCCUCAUGACCCUCUCGUUCGUCGCGCUGCUGGACCUGUUCUACAAGCUGUGCGACGACGAGCAGUACGCCAUACACACCAUGCCGUCGUACCUGGCGUACAUCAUCACCUACAUGAGGGAGGCCAUGUUCGUCGACGACGUGAGCGGCGUGCGCGCGCGCUUCCGCACCAUCAACGCCGAGCUGACGGACUGCCUCUCCGACUACCCCGCCGCCGAGGUCCACGAGACCGUGGUGAACACGGACAGGAAGAGCCGCGCCAUCGGCCGCCUGGCCACCGCCUACGACCUGCUGUGCCAGUGCGUCGAGUCGGUGGCGCGCCAGCACAGCCUGUUCCUGCUGUGCAACAUGCUGGGGCUGGUGGUCCGCCUCGUCGUCACCACCUACUUCAUCGUCGACCUGGUGCUCGAGUCCGACGCCUUCGCCGAGGUGAGGCCGGAACCGCCGCCGUCGCUGCGCUCCAUGUUCGUCACGAUCCAGGUCCUGUGGCUGGCCUGCCACUUCCUGCGGAUGCUCGCCCUCGUCCAGCCGUGCUCCAGCACCAUCGAGGAGGCACUCCUCACGGGGUCGAUAGUCAGCCGCUCCGUUAGCUACGAGAUGCUCGACGGGCAGAUCUCGGUUCAGCUUAAGUCUCUGUCGAUGCACCUCCUGCACCGCAAGAUAACCGUAAGCGCUUUUGGUGUGUUCGACCUGAGCCUGCCGUUGGUGUGCACCGUGAGUACAGCAAGAGUGGAGAUGUGUGCAACAUUGUUUACUCUGGAUUUGAUAGACUCUCUCUCUCUUCCAGGUGAUGAGCGCCGUCACUACGUACCUUGUAGUGCUCAUACAGCUGAAGCUACCCAGCCCCGUCGCGGCCCCCUAAUAAGGAUGCCAAAAUAAAUUUAAAACAUUCAGACUGCAGUUUUAUCUUCUGACCGCUUUUCUUCUUAUACUUUCUUUUCGUACGGGCUGUACGGAAUAACCAUAAAAAAGAUAAAUAAAU